CAUGAACUGUUAGCAGCGCUGAAUACGGUGGAGGGAGGAGAAAUUCACCUAACAGUUUCACCUGACAACACAGUGACCACUGGCAAGGGAAUGGAUGGUUUAUGUUUCACUUAACUUUCUCUAGUUCAAAAGCCCAAGCAUUUAUUUUCUGUGAGGAAGUAUUUUUUUAACACUUAGUGGAGUAAUUCCAUUCACUUAGAGCACGCUUGGAGGGCGGAGAAACGUUGCGCGAUCGCACCUGCCGCGGGGAGACAACUCAUCAGUCUUCUCAGUUGCACAGUUUCCAGAGUUGAGACUAAACUGCGCGCCAGAGCUCCCAUGAAAACGCAGCAUGUGAUAUGCUCAGGAUUGUUGAAUCGUAUAUUUCUAUUCAACUGUUUUCUUUUGGACUUAAUUUGAAAUCCUAAUGCAUUUGCGAUCUGUUACAUUUUAAGAACGUGUUCAACCUCUUUAGGACUGGACAUUUACCUGAGACUCUUUUGAUAACCUCUUGGGAUUUUAUUGGGGAAUCCCUUGAAAGAAUGGCCCCAUACUGUGCAAAGCUGAUAUUUUUCCUCUUGCAUUGUUUCACAUCAAUAAGUGGGAUGUUGGGGAGAGAGACACUGCCUGCCCCUCAGCUGUUGUCCUCUGGGGAUACACACCUUCUUCACACUGGGAACUCGCUCAACCUUACCUGCAGGGGCUCGGCCCCGCUGCUCUGGAGCCUGCCCUGGAGGGGGGUGGCGUCGGAGGGGGUGCAGGUGGAGGAGUGUAGGCCCGGGCUGCAGGCAUACUGCAGCCAGCUGCUGGUGCAUCACCUGGGGCCCAGCGACACGGGCCUGUACAGCUGCACGUACAAGUCCAGCUCCUCAGAUCUGUCCAGCUCAGCCUACGUCUAUGUGAAAGAUCCUGAGCAGCCAUUUGUGGAGCACCGUAAUGGCAUGCCAGAUAUCGUGUACAUCUACAGACAUGAGACCACGUUGGUCAUCCCUUGCAGGACCACCUCUCCCAACCAGACUGUCACUCUGAAGGGGGAACCACCCCUGACUCGGGUAAUCGAGCAGGGCUUGGAGUGGGACCCGAGGGUGGGCUUCAAGAUCCCCUACGGCUCCCAAACCAUCUACAGCCAGCUGACCUGUGUCUCUGAUGCCAACGGACGACGGGUCGAGUCUACAUACAUCCCCCUCCGAAUCACUUCUACUCUGAGGAACGUGAAGUCCACCCCAGACAGAGCUAGGGUUCUUGUAGGAGAUACCCUCCAACUCAACUGCUCUGGACAAACCACCUUCAACGGGAGAGUUGUGUUUCACUGGGACCUACCCAAGAGAGCAGCCAAUCGCACCUAUACGGUCAAAAAAAGCAAAGAGAAGCCCAGUAAGAACAGCACCUGGACCAGCAGCUUCGAGGUGGCCCACGUCACCAUGGAGGACAGAGGGAUGUACAGGUGCACUGCCCAGGUCGACACGACCAAGAAGCACGCCGGCUCCAGGGUUCUGGUCUAUGAACAUCCGUUCCUAAACAUCACCCACAAGCACAAGGCCAGAAGAGUGGUCAUCGAGGGGGCCAAGCAGGUGGUGUUGGAGCCCAGGGUCAAUGCACUGCCUGCUCCAGACAUCAUCAUGUGGUAUAAGGACGGAGUCCCCAUCUUGAACUCCACCUGCUAUGAGUCCUCAGAAUACAGCCUCACCAUCAGAGAGGUGAAGAAGCGAGAUGAAGGGGUCUUCACCAUCUCUCUGGGCAACCAGGAGAAGGGCUUGUACAGGAAUCUCAGCUACACUCUGGAAGUGGAUGUGAAGCCUAAGAUCUUGGAGGAGGAGGUGGCUACUGCAGACGUGCAGCCCUACAUGUUCGGCAAGCAGCACAAGUUAACCUGCACGGCCACAGGAUCCCCCACGCCUCAGGUCACGUGGCUAUGGCAACCAUGUCACCCGGGCCCAACCAUCAAACAGUGCUUGAUUUACAUUGAGCCUAUCCCAGUCCAGAUACACACAAAAGGCAAUUAUCCACACAACUGGAUUGAAAGCAUCAACAACAGUACAGAGCUGCUGAAGGGAAGCAUGGAACCAGGAAAAGAGAAAAAGACUGUGAGCAUGCUGGUGGUGGGAGUGGCUAACGUGUCGGGGGUGUUCUCCUGCUCAGCUCAGAACACACUGGGCACCGCCACCCUGCGGACCACCUUCUACGUGGACAAUCACUCCCAGCACCUGGCCAUCGAACCCCAGAGUGCCAUCGAAGGCGAUGACAUCACUCUGACCUGCCGUGCCACACGCUACCUAUACACGGACCUGCAGUGGUACGACCCGCAGAACCGCAGCGUCACCACCAGUGAGCUCCAGCUCAGCCCCUAUGCCAUCUCCCUGGCACUCAUCCUGACCAACGUGUCUCGGGACCACACGCUAGGCUACCAGUGUCGGGCCCAGAACCACCAGAAUAAAGUCACGCAGAAGACAUCUGUUCUGACUGUCAAUAAGAGGAAACACCCCUGGCUCAGCCAGAACCUGACCAAUCAGGACGUGAACAGCAGCAGCACACUGACAUUAGCCUGCUAUGCCUUGGGAGUGCCCCCCCCCUACAUCACCUGGUACAAGGACAACAUACCUGUGGAGGAGGGACCAGGUAUCACCCUGAGGGAAGACGGAGUCUUGAUCAUCGAGAGAGUGAAGAAAGACGACGAGGGUCUGUACGAGUGCCAGGCCAGCAACGACAAGGGCAGCGUCAAAACAAGCGCUGUCGUCACCGUAGUGGGGGAUGAGGGGAAGCCGAACAUGGAGGUGAUCAUCCUGGUGUGUACUGGAGCAGCUGCCACCUUCCUCUGGCUCAUGCUCAUCCUUUUCAUCCGCAAGCUGAGGAAGAAUCCUGCAAACUACAAGAUGGGCCCCUCCAUCAUCAUUGACCCAGAUGAGAUGUCUCUGGAUGACCAGUGUGAUCUUCUGCAGUAUGAUGGCAGCAAGUGGGAGUUUCCUCGUGAUCGCCUGAGACUGGGUAAAACCCUGGGUCAUGGAGCAUUUGGGAAAGUGGUGGAAGCCUCCGCGUUUGGGAUCGACAAGCUCUCUACCUGCAAGACUGUGGCCGUCAAAAUGCUUAAAGGCGGAGCUACCACCAAUGAGCGCAAAGCUUUGAUGUCAGAGCUAAAGAUCCUAAUCCACAUUGGUCAUCACCUAAAUGUAGUCAAUCUUCUUGGAGCCUGCACCAAGCCUGGUGGUCCACUGAUGAUGAUAGUUGAGUUCUGCAAGUAUGGAAAUCUGUCAAACUACUUAAGAAGCAAGAGAGCUGAUUUCAUUGUCUACAAGAGCCAGGAUGGUAAGGUUAUGACGUCAGGAUCGGGCUGUGACCUGAGCGAGCUCAUCAAGCGGCGCCUGGAGAGUGUAGCCAGCACUGGGAGCUCAGCCAGCUCCGGCUUCAUCGAAGAUAAGAGCUACUGUGACUCGGAGGAGGAGGAGGAAGAGCAUGAAGACCUGUACAAAAGAGUCCUGACACUGGAGGAUCUGAUUUGUUACAGUUUUCAAGUUGCAAAAGGCAUGGAGUUCUUGGCUUCGCGCAAGUGUAUCCACCGUGAUCUGGCGGCCAGAAACAUCCUACUGUCUGAGAACAACGUCGUGAAGAUAUGUGACUUUGGGCUGGCCAGAGACAUCUACAAAGACCCCGACUAUGUGCGCAAAGGAGAUGCCAGACUGCCCCUUAAGUGGAUGGCGCCAGAGGCCAUCUUUGACAAGAUCUACACCACGCAGAGCGACGUGUGGUCCUUUGGAGUACUUAUGUGGGAGAUCUUCUCUCUGGGUGCCUCUCCGUACCCUGGCCUCCAGAUAGAUGAGGAGUUCUGCUGCAGACUGAAGGACGGCACCAGGAUGAGAGCCCCAGAGUACUCCUCCUCUGAGAUAUACCAGACCAUGCUGGACUGCUGGCAGGGGGAGCCGGGGGACAGGCCCACCUUCAUGGAGCUGGUGGAGAGUCUGGGAGACCUGCUCCAGGCCAGCGUGCAACAGGAAGGGAAGCAUUACAUCCCCAUCAACACCCUGCUGCCCCAGGAGGCAGACGCCUCCAGCCCGACGCCCUCCGACGAGACGUCCACCCGGCCGCUCUCGCAGCGCGACUCUGGGGGCAACUGGAACAUUAAGAUCCGGCCAGCUAGUGUGAAAACCUUUGAUGAGGUUACUAUGGAGAAUGGGACAACUGAGAGCAACGAGGGGAGCCAGUCCGACAGUGGGAUGGGCUUGUCCUCUGAUGACAUGAGCACUCUGAAGCGUCUGGAGUCGCUGGCAGGACGACCCCUCAGCAUCAUGGCCCUGGCGAUGAAAGCUGUGAGUAAGAGCAAGGAGUCGGUGCUCACGGAGGGAGAGAAGGGGGAGAAGUACUCACCCCCCGUCCCCUCUCUGGACUUCAGCCUGAACGACUCGGCCCUGGACCCUGGCCUGGAGUGCCACAGCCCGCCCCCCGACUACAACUAUGUGGUGCGCUACUCCACCCCACCUGUGUAACCCCCCCACCCAGCUACUACGACCCACCCACCCGACCACAGCCCAGCCCUCUGCCCUGUACAAUCUGACUUAUAGCCUUAGGGACUUCUCCUUUGUUUCCUGUGUCUGGACUUCACAGCAAAGCAUCAUAAACCACCACAGCCUCCUUCUCUUUUAACAUCCUUUUCAGUGUUUCCUCUCGGGUCAAGUCUUGAGAGAAAAACAAGUUUGAGAGACGCUAUGGUGGGCUUGUUGCUAGGACUGUGAGACAGCCAUUGCCUACUCUACUGGAGAAAGAGAGCUCUGGAGUCCUAGACUCCUUAGUUCUGCAUGAAGUCUUAAUGUCCGCCUGUCGAUAUGUGUCUGUCUGUCCAGAGAUCCAUCCACGUGCUGCUGGCCUCCUCCAUUCUCCACUGUGAUACUACAGAUACAGCUAAAGACAGACUCAGGUAUUCCUUCAGUCUACUGUGAACUCAGUGAAGUGCAAAUGAAUGAAACAAAAUCCCUUGAUGUAUUAAUGGAAGGUUAAUCGGUAACCGAGGGAGGUGUUAAGGAGCCUGUAAGCCUUACAGAGAUUAAAGGAGAGGGUUUGAUUGAGGCGCUUUUAGUUUUUAGUGAUGCCAUUUUAUUUCUGUACAAAUAUUCUAUAGAUUGGAAACUGGAAAGUAAUUUGUUAUUCUAUUAUUUUAUAUAUUUGUCAUUAAUAUAAGUUUAUGGAGAUAGUCCGGUCAGAAUGUGGAUAUUUUUAAGUAGUAUUCAGAAAUUUGGCUAAAACCCAUGAAUUUUGUAAAAAGCGGUUCGGAAUAGUAUUGUGUAAUGUGUGAGGCAUCCAGCCAUGUCCAAGCCUCUUGAUCAGUUUAGAUCAGAACCUGGGACCUUACGGAUUCAUACUUAACACUGCAUCUCUACCGUGAAGCCAUUUUGAAUGAAGAGUUACAUUUGGAUUCCUUCUCCUAUACUGAUACGGUCCACCUCCAGAAGAAAGCAACUCUGCAUAUUUCUGUUACGGAAGAGUGAGAAGGGGAAGGGAGAGCGAUGAUAUGAGAGAACCACACAGAGUUGUUUAUUUUAUUGUGUACAAAGCUAGUAAGAAAAAUGUUCUUAGAUUAGAAUUUAAUAUGAAGUGUGUGACUCUGAAAGCACUAGUCAAAUAAACUAUGCAUACUUUGUUUAGAUUAUAGCGUUAGGUUGUUACUUAUUAAUCCAGAUCACAUUUUACUCACACUUUUCACACUGGAAACUUAACCCAAGGGUUUGGACCAACUGCCACCUCAGUAACAAGACAUUAGUAACAGUCCUGUGUUUAAUUCUAGAUUUAUAUACUGUUUACACUGCUGUAUAAACAAUAACUACAUAAGCAAAAUGAAAGAAAAUACUGUUGUUUGCAGGAAUAUGUAUAAUGUAAAUAUUAUAUUUCUGAUCCAUUGUUUUGUGUAAAAACUGUUACUAUAACUUGCAGGGCAGGCAGGAAUCCUAAAUGUGUUGUUAGAACCAGGCUGGGGUGCGUUUCCCGAAAGCGUCGUAAGCCUAAAUUGAUCGUAGAAUCCAUCGUAGGACGAAUCUUAGUUUUACGGGCCGUUCCUAAAGACAUCGUAGCUAAAGUGUCUCUUCAAAAUUCGUAACUCUUGAAAGUGCAUACAUUAGCCUACUCCUUACGAGCAUGUUUGGGAAACGCACGUAAGAAAUAUCGAUGGUUUCGUUUUUUGCUCGAUCGUUGCUACGAUCCAUCGUUAUCGGGAAACGCAGCCCUGGUCACUAUACUGGUCACUGUUAAACUCUCUAACCUUUAGCCAAUAACUUUGACCCUGGAGCCUGUUAUCUCUCACAUGAAGAACAAUUCAAAGAAUUGACACUAGUGGGGUCAAAUGUAUUCCAGUCAUACCAGGUAAUAGUCCAGCUCGUGUUUUCUCACACAUAGGAGAGUAGCAGGCUUCUGCUUAUCAAUCAGUAAACUGUAAGGGUUCAACCAGUCCAGUAUUCCAUGGUUUAGUAUAAACCAUUUCCCUUGAUCCAUAGAUAUUUCCAAAUUCAUCUUUGUUUUUGUGGAUUGAUUGGUGGUUGUGUCCAUUGUGGAGAGGAAAGUGUAUGCACUGAUGUUUUCAAAUACUGAUUUUUUUUACUCCAAAUGUAUUUUUAUUAACCAUGCAUAAGAAGUAAGUGAAUAAAUAAAGAUUUAUAUAUUUAUACAUU